GGUGCUUGCUGCCUUCGUCCAGUCACAGGCAGCGCUUACUGCAGUGAGGUUCAUCGAUAAGCGAAAGUCAAGAUGUCAGGCCGUCGUUUAGCGCUGAAGGCCAUUGACUGGGUGGCAUUUGCUGAGCGGGUUUCACCCAAUCAGCGGAGCUCUUUCAAUGCACUUAAGACCCGGAGUGACGCCAUCUCUGCUAAGCUGGCCUCCCUGCCUGAAGCUCCUGCACCCAUUGAUUGGAGUUACUACAGGAGUGCAGUGGCUAAGCCAGGAAUGGUUGAUGAGUUUGAGAAGAAGUUCAAAGCCCUGAAAAUCCCUGAGCCCACUGACACACAGACAAGUGUCAUUAACGAACAGGAGGUUGAAUCUAACAAAAGUGCUUUGACCUACAUUGAAGAAUCAAAGGUCCGCAUUGCUAACUGUCAAAAAGAGCUGGAUAAAUUUAAUAACAUGAUCCCCUUUGAUCAAAUGACCAUUGAAGACCUCAACGCCGCCUUUCCUGAAACCACUUUGGACAAGGUCAAAUACCCUCUCUGGCCCCACAGGCCCAUUUCAGAGCUGUAAUCCUACUACUAGACACACACUUAACAAUAAAGUAUUUUAAAGAGCAA